GGCCCCCGGGGCGGCCGGGACCUCCCGCGGCGGCGGCUCCUCCCCGGCGGGUGCCCGCGGCGCUGCUGCUGCUCCCGCCGCAGCCUCCCCCCUGCGAAUGAUGCGGCGGGAGGCGCCGCUGGGCUGGGUCGGAGCUCGGGCGGCGGCAGAAGCGGUGGCUCUGGGCAGUGCCCGGUCGAAGAAGGAGGAGGAGGCGGCGGCCGCCCGGUCCCCAGCGCCCCGCGGCGGCCGGGCGGGCGCAGGAUGCUGAGAGCGACCCCGCGGCCUGGUCGCGCCGCGAGGAAAGGGCCCCCCCGGGGCUGAGCGCGGAGUGGCCCCAUCCCGUCCCCCGUCCCGCACGUGCUUUCCCCCCCUCCUCUCCCUGCGUCUUCUCCAGCCCCUCGCCCUCCCGGCGCCCCUCCCCGGCGGCCCCGGUGCCGAGCGGCCCCGCCCCGUCCGGCCCCUCCCGCGGCGGGAGCGCGGCGGGGCCGGCGGAACAUGGCGUGGGUGCUGAAGAUGGACGAGGUGAUCGAGUCCGGGCUGGUGCACGACUUUGACGCCAGCCUCUCGGGCAUCGGGCAGGAGCUGGGAGCCGGUGCCUACAGCAUGAGUGAUGUAUUGGCACUGCCUAUUUUCAAACAGGAAGAUUCCAGCCUUCCACAAGAAAAUGAGACCAAACAUCCACCCUUCCAGUAUGUUAUGUGUGCUGCAACAUCUCCAGCAGUAAAAUUAUAUGAUGAAACUCUCACAUACUUGAAUCAAGGUCAGUCCUAUGAGAUACGGAUGCUAGAUAAUCGGAAAGCUGGAGACAUACCAGAGAUCAAUGGAAAACUGGUGAAGAGUAUUAUAAGAGUUGUGUUCCAUGACAGAAGAUUGCAAUAUACAGAGCACCAGCAGCUGGAAGGCUGGAAGUGGAACCGCCCUGGGGACAGACUUCUUGACUUAGAUAUUCCAAUGUCUGUUGGAGUCAUUGAUAUCAAGACAAAUCCAAGCCAGCUCAAUGCAGUUGAAUUUUUAUGGGAUCCAACAAAAUGUACAUCUGCUUUUAUUCAGGUACAUUGUAUCAGCACUGAAUUUACCCCUCGUAAACACGGAGGAGAGAAAGGAGUUCCUUUUAGGAUUCAGGUUGACACUUUUAAACAGACUGAAAAUGGAGAAUAUACAGAUCAUCUGCAUUCAGCUAGUUGUCAAAUCAAAGUUUUUAAGCCCAAAGGAGCAGACAGAAAACAGAAAACAGACAGAGAAAAGAUGGAAAAGCGAACUGCACAUGAAAAAGAGAAGUAUCAGCCUUCAUAUGACACCACAGUUCUUACAGAGAUGAGGCUUGAGCCUAUAAUUGAAGAUGCAGUUGAACAUGAGCAGAAAAAGUCCAGCAAGCGGACUUUGCCAGCAGACUACGGUGAUUCUCUGGCAAAGCGAGGCAGUUGCUCACCGUGGCCUGAUACUCCUACAACAUUUGUAAACAACAGUCCUACUCCUGCUCCAACUUUUACCUCUGCUCAGCAUAAUACCUACAGUGUCCCAGACAGCAAUUCUUCCUCCCCAAAUCAUCAAGGAGAUGGAACCUCUCAAGGAUCAGGAGAUCAGCUUCAUCCUUCGGCCACAAUCCAGGAAACUCAGCAAUGGUUGCUCAAGAAUAGGUUCUCAACCUAUACAAGGCUUUUUUCAAAUUUCUCAGGUGCUGAUUUAUUAAAGCUGACAAGAGAAGAUCUGGUACAAAUCUGUGGUCCAGCUGAUGGAAUUCGGCUGUAUAAUGCACUGAAAUCCAGGUCUAUUAGGCCCCGUUUAACAAUCUACGUGUGUCAGGAGCCAUUACGGAGCAUACAACUGGAAAGACAAGAUACAGGCAAUGGUGAGAGCAGCAACGGUGCAAUAUACGUUUAUCACGCAAUCUACUUAGAGGAGAUGGCAGCCUCAGAAGUCACACGCAAGCUUGCUUUGGCAUUUAAUAUUCCUUUGCAUCAGAUCAACCAGGUUUACAGACAGGGUCCCACAGGCAUCCACAUUCUUGUUAGUGAUCAGAUGGUUCAGAACUUUCAAGAUGAGAGUUGUUUCUUAUUCACCACAAUAAAAGCUGAAAAUGGUGAAGGCUUCCACAUAAUUCUGAAGUGACGUCACACAAUUGCUACACUGAUACUCCAACGCAGAAUGAAGUCCUGCCUAAAGAUUAUGAAGAUCAUCCAAAACCUUAGGAUCUAACUUCACUGUAUAAGAUGUUUCAUAUUGAAAACACAAAAUGACCUUUCUAAUGAGCUGUUUGAUAGGUGAACUUUCUUAUCACUGCCAUAGCUAAGUGUCCUCAUGAGAGGUAUAAUGCCAUGACAGCUUACGUACAGGCAUGGAAGACAAUGUAAGCAAAGGUGCUUGCCCUUUACUGAAAUAAGGCAAAUUAUGGCCAGUAGAUACAGUUCAUAGAAGCAGAGCAGUGUUGCUUUUCUAUUAUCUGUAUCCAGUUGGAGAUGAAUGUAAACUUAUUUGGGGGCAUUUACCUUUCUGUGCCAGUUUGUCUAUUACGUGCUUGUACCUUACGCUGGUUUUAUUUUUUGAUGUUAGCAGAGCACAUGCUAAUCUGUGUGGAGAUGAGUAGUUAAGGUGAUAGUGAUCAGGUUGUCAGGUCUUUGAGAGUAAAGCUGUCAAAACAGCUUCCCGUGUAAAUUGUGUAUAAGAGUGUAUGUAAGAAGUGUAAAUGCCAGAAAAGGGCUUUUAAGAAGCCCUAGACAGAUGCAAUAUAUGCAUGCAGCAAACUGCAUUAUCAAUAGUACCUUAUUGGAGGGUACCAAGUAAUUGUGUUUUGCUUUAAUGAAUUUAAUGGAAAAGAAUUGCCUAUGCAUCCUUUAUGUUUAGUUUCGUAGGUUCUCUGCGGAGCACUGCUGCAGUUUAACUCUUAGCUUGUAAAAUUGUGAGUUUUAAAAAUACAGCAGUGAGAGGUGGGGUUUUCUGACUUAGUGGAAUUAUGCUGAUGAGGGAAGAUGACCCACUGGCACCACAGGGCUGUCAUAGCUUUCAGCAACAUCGAAUAAAUUGCUUAAGAAACACUAAAUACACACCCUGUAAGUCUCCUUCCCAGCAGUGAACGCCCUGCUGGAGUUGCUAUUACGGACAAACAUCUUCUUACCUUUUCUGUUGACCUUUCUCUGCCCUCCAGUCCAUACUGUACACCUGCUACAGUGCCUCUUCCAUAUGACCAAAUACUCACUUUUUUCUCUGAAACAGGCAAUGUGCUUUUUCGGUAUUUUGGAUAUUUCUUGUACUGUCAUGGCACAGCAUUUCCUAGGGUAACAUUAAGUUUCAACUGGUUAGGUACUUAAAGGGGAAUAUUUCCAAAUGUAUUGGGUGACAGUUUCAGAGCUGUCAUUUUGUGCCUUUGGAAAGUUCCACCUUGAUCUCUGGCUAAAAGCUUGGGAAUAGUUUUGCUUUUUAUGCUGCAGUGUUCCAUGUAAGCAACUACUACAGCAUGUAAAAAAGCAACUUUGAUUUUUUUUUUUCACUUCCCCUUUCAUAACUGGCAUAAGUGCUUAGCAGAAAAGCUUCUGAAAGCUGUAGCAUUUUGAAAACUUAAAUUCAUCAAACCUAGAGGGUUUUUUCCUGUUUUUGUUUUUUUUUUUUUUUUUUUUUUUCUGCACUGAAAGUAAAAUUUUAUGUACUUACUUAAACAUUUCUGACUAUGAGUUGUUCAUCUUUGGGUAUUGUUUGGUCCUAGUAUUUUCUUGAACUGACACUUGUGUCUUUUUAGUUCACACCACAUUCAAAUCCAAAUGUUUUAUAAAAGUGGAAAUAUCCUUGAUUGGAAAGUAUCCAAAUAUCUAAUUUUAAAAAAUCUUGAAAGUUGUACAGUAGUUUGUCCAGAGCUCACUUGAAAUUGGAAUUAAAUUAUGGCACCAGCAAAUUGCUUUUGUUUUUUAAUAAGAUGUACACAUUUCAAUUUAAGUAUAAUAAAUGUUUUUCAAUAAUUUUGUAAAUGUGCUUUUCUUUUUACUUUUUUCCCCCCCUCACAUGCAUUACAGACAUGUCCACUGUUAGGACUCAGAUUACUUGCAAGAUCUGCUUUGGCACUAAUGGUAUGUAAAGGCAAGGAAGGGAAGUAAACAAGCUCUGUAGUGUGUCCCACACCCAGCACAGUCACACAGAUCUUCUGCUUCCAGUAGCAAUCUUGGGUAGAUUUGAAAUAAUUGCAACAAAUUCAAGUUUGACAUCAGCUGAUUGUUUAUUUAAGUGUCCUAUAUCUGAGUAGGUUCCAUUUGUUUUUGUACAUCUUUAAUGCAAUGGACUUUUACAAGGUUCAUUAUGUUCUUAGAAAAAAAUGAGCCAACAAAAGGCAACACAUCUUGACAUAUUGGUACCAAUGACUUUCCUGGUACAGUUGAAAAUAAAAUCUCCUUAAAACUCU